AUUUUUAGAAUUUUGAAUAUUUUAUUUUAUUUUUAAGUUUGAAAUUUUAAUUUUACUUUUUUAAAAUUUUUAGAUCUUUGUUUUUAAUUUUGUUUAGAAUUUUUUGCAAUUUUUUCCAAUUUCAUUUGAAUUUUUCUGUAUUUUUUUUUUAAAAAGAAAAACUGACACAUCAUUAUUUUGACUUUUAAAAUGAACAUUACCGGUCGUCUAUGAACAUGAAAACGUUUUUGGAGGUUUAUUAUGAUAAAAAUGUCACUUUGAAGAUUUAAAAUGCUAGUCAAAAAAGUUCAGUGUUUAAAGUGUCAGAAAGUGAUAAUUUGAGUGUUUAAAAUGCAAUUUUCUUUUUUUUAAACAAAACAUGUUGUAAUUAAUUAAAUAGCAAUGUCACUAAUGUCGACAUUCUCUUUUAUUGAGAUAUGCUUCAAAUUUCUCUUAUAUAAGGAUGACAAGAAAUAUGCUAUCACAUUCAAGAACGCAAAAAUGAGAAAGACUCAAAGUCCUUUCAUUUUCUCUGUCACCAUCGCCAUCUUCCUCCUCCUCUCCAUCUUCCACUUCCCCGUAGCUCUAUCUCAAUCCCAAAAUGAUUGCAAACCUGUGUCCAACAACACAUGUAUCGACAAAAACAAAGCAUUAGAUCUCAAACUUAUAGCAAUCUUCAGCAUCCUUAUCACUAGCCUUAUCGGCGUUUGCCUUCCCUUCUUCGCCCGGUCCGUUCCCGCUUUUCAGCCCGAGAAAUCUCACUUCCUCAUCGUCAAAUCAUUCGCCUCUGGAAUCAUCCUCUCCACUGGUUUUAUGCAUGUCUUGCCUGAUUCUUUUGAUAUGCUCUCGUCUCCUUGUCUUGGCGAUAACCCCUGGCACAAGUUUCCUUUCACUGGCUUCGUCGCUAUGAUCUCCGCCAUAUUCACACUCAUGGUUGACUCUAUCACCACUAGUGUUUUCACCAAGUCUGGCAGGAAGGACUUGCGCCCUGAGGUGACGUCAGCUGAGACUCCUGACCAAGAGAUAGGGCACGUGCAGGUUCACGCACCCCAUCAUGGCCACGGUCAUGGUCUUCAUCAUGGCCACGGUCAUGGUCUUCAUCAUGACGUUCGUGGAGACAAUGAGAAGGAGCUUGGUUCUUCCUUACAGCUUCUGCGAUAUAGAGUUAUUGCCAUUGUACUGGAGCUAGGAAUAGUGGUGCACUCGAUAGUGAUAGGACUCUCUGUAGGAGCCACUAACAAUACUUGCACCAUCAAAGGCCUCGUCGCUGCUCUUUGUUUCCACCAAAUGUUCGAAGGCAUGGGUCUAGGUGGCUGCAUCCUCCAGGCAGAAUACGGAUGGGUGAAAAAAGGGGUGAUGGCUUUCUUUUUCGCGGUGACAACACCUUUUGGAGUGGCUCUAGGGAUGGCAUUAUCUAAAACGUACAAAGAGAAUAGCCCUGACUCGCUCAUUACCGUUGGACUUCUCAACGCUUCCUCGGCUGGACUACUCAUCUACAUGGCUCUAGUCGACCUUCUCGCUGCUGAUUUUAUGGGACAGAAGAUGCAACGGAGCAUCAAACUUCAAUUAAAGUCUUAUGCCGCUGUUUUGCUUGGUGCCGGUGGCAUGGCCGUCAUGGCUAAGUGGGCUUGAUCUACAUCAUUAAUUAUGGACUCAUAGCAUAUAUAGUUAAUGUAACCAAAAUGAUACUAUCCAAGUUAUGUGAUCAGUUGAUCAAAAAUUUGUUAAAAUUAUGACGGAUUAAAUAUUCACUGAUGCAGAUGAUAUAUAUAAAUAAAUUUCAUUCUGUUUUCUCCGUAAUAAUAUGAUUAAGAAACCUUCCUGUAUAAGAAUUUUUUUUGUCAACUCAUUUGAUUAUAACAGCCUAAUGGCAUGUUUACAAAGAGUCGGGAUUUUGGCCCAAAAGAAACUAAUAAAUUACAACUUUAAACCCAUUUAUAAAAAAAAACCGACACAACUCAAGACACGUGCUUGACUCUAGGGCUUCCAGUGACACGUAUUGGACAUGUGGCUUUCAUGCACCAGUCGCAAGCUCCGGCACCGCUCAGCCACUGAUCCACCGCUACAGUUCUUCUUCGUCUUGAUUUGAUUCAGUGCCAAUCCAUUCUCAGGUUUAGUGCCUCAUCGCGAUUAACAAAUUUCUUCCCAAACUCGUUCUGCUUUCCACCUCAACCACAAUUUUCCGACCAGAGAUUCCACUUUCACCGAUGAUUAAAACCAAGGAGGAUUUAGUCAGCUUGAGAAAAGAACAAUUGUUGGACCGUUGUAAACGCCAACUCUUCUUGAUCUCUUUCAAGAUGACUGCAGAACUCCAUUAAAUCCAAUCAGUUCCCAUACAGAGAUGCUUUCUUCAAACGCCAUAUAUAGCUAUAAUAGAGAAAGACUGAUUCUCUUGAGAAGUGAUUUAGAUGAAUCAGUAAGAGAAAAUAUCCGAUCAGUAGCCAACGGGAUUCAGUUAAAAUCUGCGGAAAGCACUUUGAUCAUUCUCCAUCGAAGAUAGAAGAAUAGCUUGCAGAUUAGCUUCAAGGAAGAACCGAGAAGACACAACAAAAUCGCCACAGCGAAGAACAACAUCGGCUAACCCGAAAGAAAAGUUCGAUCGAUUGAUCGAAAGUAAUUUACAAACAAAAAAUCUGAUCUAAUGAAAGAUCAGAACUUUAGACCAAAAAACUUGAUCUCUUCUCUUUCCCUGUGAAAGAUUUUAGUGAGAGAAUAUGAAGAAGAGAGAGAGAGAGCAUACAGAUUAUUAGCAAAUCUUCAUUAUUUAAAAUAAUUAAUUACUAUAUAUAUCAUAAGUAAUAUAUAAUAAAUAGUCACCUUGCUUUAGUUAAUAUCAAAUGAUAUUAUAUAGUUGGUAUUAAAUGUUUCUAGUGAGAUAUAAAAAUCGAAUUGAACCAACAUGUUUUUCAAUUUCAAUGUGAGGCUGACACGUAUGACUAAGUAACUACCUAAUUGAUUGACACAUAAACAAAGAGUUUUUAAUUAUUACAAAAUUGAGGUUACAUCUUUUCAAAUGUUCCUCAAUUAAUAUAUAGGGGAUUUAGUACUAUAUAGAGUCUAUUUAGAGUAUUUACAGGUUCAGAGACGAUUUGGAGGAAUGUGGUAAUUUUGGUGUCUUUUCUAGCCUUUUGAUGUGCAGAGCUACACAAACGCGUCAUAUGUUUAGCUAUGUUUGGAAACCUUUCCACCAUUAGAUUGAGCCCAUCUUUUGACACAAGAUAGAGAUUUGAGUUAGAUUUCUAAUGCCACCGGUUUGAGGUCAAUCAGCAUCCUGUAGCAGAAGUUAUGUCUGUUUUAUUGAAGUGUGGUCAGUCUGCCUCGCGAGAGGAAGCUGUCGAGGAGAUGAAGGACUUUCGAUCGAUAACACAGCAUUGGUGUCGAUCGACAGUGAUGCCAGAACGUGGGCCAAGCAUAUUUCAAGACCGAUUAAAACCCAGAAGCCACACAAAGUUACCAAAAUACAUUCAGGCUUAGGUGCUACCAACUGGGUAAUCUAGAGGCCAUCUACUUGUGAGGUAUGUAUGAAUACUUCAUCCUACAUUUACUUGAUAAAGGAAGGGAAAAAAUUCAUCUUGCUGGUGAGAGAGGAUGCAUGUUGGCCAAAUAUGUAGAUGGUAUGAUGAACUUAGCUUUUAGCGUUGAUCAUAGAGGAUUGGUUCACAACUAUCAUGCUUUUACUUGUGAAUAUGUUGAUCAGAUGUAUCGCAUGAUUACUAGUUUGGCACUCUCUGGCCAGCGGAGUUACGAUAAACCUGAGAUUUUUAUGUCUUUAUUGGGAAGAAUAGAUCGCAACGUCUCAUAUGAUUGAUGGUGCUUCGCAAUAAUAGAACCAAUGUUUGUAGUCUCCAUAUAUGGAUCAAGAACACGAUGGAAAUGCGAUCGUUGUUUCUGGCAAUGUGCAGCUUGGGACUUCUGCAAUGAAACUCAUUUGACUGCUCGUGACUGGCCAAUUGAAGAUUAGUUGUGUGUUUAUGAGUUAUGACAUGUAAUUUUUGUCUAUUUUUACUAAGUUUAUGUAAAAUACAUUUCAUAAUGUAAUGUCUCUACUCUUCCUCUAUAAAAUUAUCUCUGUUUAUUUUAACUUCAAUAAAUAUAUCAACAAAUCACUGUAUCCCAAAUAGAACAUAUUGCCAAUGUAAAAGAUACAAUCAAAAUUAGUUGAACUUUUAUUAAGUUGUACAAUUACUAAAAGUGCGACUUGGUUAAAGUUUUAUUAAGUUGCACUGUAAACCAAAUGUUUACAGUUACACCAACUUUUACUAAUUUUUCAGAAGUUAUGGAAAAAUUGAUCUGAAUUUUAUGGAUCGGGUCUAGAUAGUCCACGACAUGCCUUUAGUUGGAUUGUAAUAAGCAGGUUUCUUUUGGUUUCGUGGUCUUUUACCUAUUUUUUAGAUUUUAAUAAAGUUUUAUUUAAAUAAUUUUUUGGGCAGAAGUAGUAGAUAAUUUGUUUUUCGGGCAGGAGCACUGGAGCAAUUGAUUCUUUACAUUUUGUAUUGACUCUAGGUAUUAACUCUUUUCCAAGCUGGGGAUGAGUCUUUGUUUUUAUGGGCAUGUCGUUCUCUUUGGGUCUUUGAGCUAUUGGGUCGGAUUUUUAAACCGGAUUUGGAACGGGAUGAAAUCAGCCUUCAAAAGGAAUUGAAGGAAUGUGAUGACAGAUAUGUUGGAAGAAUUGUAUUGCACUCAUAUCUUGUUCAAUGAACAUAGUAUCAUAACCUAAUUAAUUAUAUGAGAAUAUUAUGCUAGUAAUUACAGAAUUCAUAAUUCUAUUUAAUUGGGGUAUGAUUUUAGGAAACGAUGCGCACCACAGACAUUCAGAAGCUUGGCGUGAUACCGAUUUAAACACAGCCGAAGAUUAGUGUUAGUUAUUUUAUUUAUGCUCUAUAUAUGCCUGCCCAUAACAAGGGAGCUCUUAGAAUGUAGAAGCUUCACAUGAGCUUCCCUUUUUAGUAAAAUUGAUACGAAGCAGAGAGUUAGAGAGAGAAAGUAGAUCUGUCUUUAGGUCCGGCGUACGGCCGGCGCGUGAGCGAGCGUGCCGUCGCCGGAACCCUUUGUUCUUCCGAGAGAGAUAAUCCUCAUGUUUCUCUUUCGCCUCCUCUUCCUGAUCGCCUUGUCGGAGCUCUGGUCCAGUCCCCAUCUGUCGGUGAAAACUCGGGGAGUGAAUCGACAUCCUUGGUGGAGCUAUGGAUGGAGUAAAGAAGCGUUCGUGUGGAGGGUUUGGUGGGGUGAAGUCGGUUUGUCAGUUUAGGUUGCGUUUCCGGGAGGUGGAGGCUUCUACAGCUUCAUCGCCGCCGGCCUUGUUUCCGGGAGGUGGAGGCUUCUUAAGCUCUGCUAUCGCCGGCUCUAGUCUCCGGGGGGGGGGGGGGGGGGUGAAGGCGUUCCUUGCCUUGCGUCGCCGGCUCUGGGUUCCCUAGUUCCGUUUUAGGGUAUGUUUUUUUUAUCUUGGGUUUGUCUUAGGUUAUGUGGUUUUGGGCUGGAUUUGAUGGAGGAGCUUCGUCUUAGGACGAUUGAAGCCCUCUGGUGUUUAAGGUUGAUGUCUCGGCGAAGUUUUCUUCCCAAUUCUGGUGAUGCAUGGAGGCGGAUGAGAUCUCGGUCUACCGAUUGAUUCUCUCCUAUAUUGAACACACUUGGGUGGAAAGGGUUUGCGAUCAUGAGUUUGUGGAGGUAGUGAGUGCUGUCUUGUCCUGGUGAAUCGUCGGGUGUUCACCGGCGGUGACUUGAAGCGGGGUUGAGGCCGCGGAUCGAAGCGGCGGCGCCGCAUUUAGUGUUGUUGCUAGGGCUGCCUUGAGUGGGCCUGGUGUAUGUAUGUGGGCCUAAAUUGAAUGAUUUAGGUUUUGUAAUAUUCUGAGCUUGGCCCUUUAAUCAAACAAAUUUUACAAGGAAAAAAAAAACAAGGGAGCUCCACUGUUGAUGUCACUGAACACUGAAGAAUGUCUACAGUAGAAAAGUGAUAGUUUAUUUGAACUUUUAUUUAAUGCCAAAGAAAAUGAUUAUUAACAACGUUUUAGAAUAUUUUUUACCAAGAUAAUGCUACUAUAUCUACUAGGUAAGAGCAUUCCUAACAUAGUAUUUUUUUGAGUUUCUUGAGACUUCAUAUGAUAAAUUUUAAAUAUACCCAAUUAUUAUUAUAUUUUUAUUUUAAGUAUUUUUAUAUAAAAGAUAUACCAUGGUUGAAAAUGCUCUUAUAAUAAUUAUAAGAAAUACUUAAAUCUCUACA